AUGCGAACAAAACAUCAUCAUCAGGCAACAGUUACCACUGCUGAAAAUAUUGUUGAUACCCAUCAUCAACAAAGAAAUAUUCUCUGUCGUGAAUCACCAGGUGUACAAUAUGGAAGAUACCAACAACGAGAACAACAACAACGGUCUUCAAAGUUGUAUGAGAUAGCUCCACGAGCAUCUACAGUUGUAAAAGGAGCUGCGACUGGAUUGGCCGAGCAACUCAUACCUCCAUUACUUGCCAUGUUCAUAGGAUGCAUGAAAAUAGCAACUGGUUUAUUUUUUAUUAUUGCUCUUGCUGUUAUUUCUGUGCUUCUGUAUUUCGGAAUUUUUUGGAAGGUAUUGUUUGUCAUUUUGGUAAUUUGGUUUGGCCUCAACCUGUGCAGAACAACUUAAUAUAAAUUUUAUUCAGUCAUUUUAUAUGCGUACUGUGUUUGAUUUUCUUUCUUUUUGUUUUCAUAGAAAAUUUCUAUAACAAUGUUGUUUUCAUUAGACAGCGAAUAAAGAGAAGGCGUGUGUGUGUGUGGUGGGAGGGUGUGGGUGUGGGUGGGGUGUG